GGGGAGAUCAAAUCAGGAAUUGUGACAACACCUCCAGAUGUGAAACUCAUAAACCUCGCAGUUCCCGUGGCGCUGAAGGGUGAACGACCGCAGCCAAGGUUAGCAACAGAGGACAUAGUUUCAAGAAACACUGAGCCAUGGCUUUCAGUGGAUAUUGGAAAGUCUGCGAAAAUGAUAACUUUGAAGCAUUCCUCAUUGCAUUGGGUGUGCCUGAGAAGCAGAGGAAGAUGGUGCUGGAUGACAGGAUGGAAAUGGACAUCAAUCAAGAAGGAAAGAAGUUCACAAUCAUUGAGAAAAGCUGCCUUGGUACUAAGACUACAGAGUGGUGUUUGGAUGAAGAAUUUGAAAAUACUCUUGCUGAUGGUAGUAAAGUGAAGGGAACAUUUGUCUUGUCCAAACCAAAUUGCUUAACCGGGCAUUUUAAGAAGCUUUCGGAUGGGAAAGACUUCUCCAUCAGCAGAGAGGUUGACGGUGAUAAGCUGGUGCAGGUCAUUAACAUUAAUGGAGAGGAAGCCAAAAGAAUUUUCAAGAAACAGUAAAUCAUGCUGUGGCCAAGUUCCAGAUGUGAAACAGUCCCUGUGUAUUGCACCACAUGAGCGCUAUGCCUGGUAUAUCAGACUGUGUUUGCUGAUGUUAACUGUGUUAGUUUUAUAGUAUAACUCUAUGAGCAAUAAAUGACAAUGGAUUGAUAAUAUUAUGCAGAAAAGAGCACAGAUCCUAAACCAAUAAAAAGCAUGACAAAGCAAAGCCGAUGUUGUUUUGUUAAUUCCUCGAAGGGUCAGCUACAGUUCAUUGUUGCAGCUAUGCCUUAGCUUAAAACCUGCUUCAGGGAUGUGCAUGCUGAGUACGGAGGGACUGCUGACAGCUCGGUUAUAGGUUGAAGGGACCGGAUCUCAUGUCGGUACCAUAAUCGUACAAUGAAAAACAGAAACCCAGUCAGUCACUCAGAAAAUGUUUCUAGAUGAGGCAAUGAUUCAUGCAAUUCUUCCAAUCCACGGACCACACAGUGGUCUCUGCUACACUAGAGAAACUAAAUUCAGGCACUUGGACCAGCGGGGAUAACUUCACUCACUCCCGUCACUGAACCGUUCCCAUAACCAACAUACAUCAAAGUUGCUGGUGAACGCAGCAGGCCAGGCAGCAUCUAUAGGAAGAAGCGCAGUUGACGUUUCAGGCCGAGACCCUUCCUGUUGUUUGCGUUCCCAUAACCGACGGAUUCCAUUUCAAGGACUCUUCAUCUCAUGUUCUCUGAAUUUAUUGCUUUUAUUUCUUUGGUAAUUGCACAGUUUGUUUUCUUUUGCACAUUUGUUGUUUGUCUAAAAUGGCACUGGUGAUUAUCAGCGACUUUCUGUGAGCUGCUUUGAACUUAGUCCAUACGGCUGGGUGUGUUCUUUCAUAGAUUCUACUGUAUUGUGUUUCAUGGAUUUACUCUGUAUGCCUGUGAGAAAAUGAAACUCAG